AUGCCCGAGCUGGCAGAGGUUGCGCGCAUUGUGCAUUUCAUUCGGCAGCACCUUGUCGGAAAGACGCUGUCCAAGGUGCAGGCGCAGCAUGAUGAUCUCGUUUACGGCAAAGUUGGGACCAGUGCAGCCGAAUUUCAAAAGGCAAUGCAAGGGAAAAAGAUUGUCGGUGCUGGUCAACAAGGAAAAUACUUCUGGAUCACAAUGUCUUCGCCGCCGCACGCUGUGAUGCAUUUUGGAAUGGCUGGCUGGCUGAAAAUCAAGGAUGCCGACACAUACUACUACCGGUCAGACAAGCCUGCCGAUAAGGAGUGGCCGCCAAAGUACGCGAAGUUCAUUCUGGAGACAAGCGAAGAUCCAAAGACAGAAGCCGCCUUUGUGGAUGCGCGCCGGCUGGGUCGUAUUCGCCUGGUGGAUUGCCCUGGAGAUGAGAUUCGCAAACACACCCCUCUCAAGGAGAAUGGGCCUGAUCCUGUCGUGGAUACGGAUAUUGUGAAUGAAGCAUGGCUGAUGGAGAAGUUGAAGAGCAAAAGGGUUCCCAUCAAGGCUCUUUUGCUUGACCAAGCAAAUAUCAGUGGAAUUGGAAAUUGGAUGGGCGACGAAAUUCUAUAUCAUGCCAAGAUUCACCCUGAGCAGUAUAGCAACACCCUGAACGACGACCAAAUCAAGGAACUCAACAAACAAAUCCAUUAUGUCUGUUCUACGGCCCUGGAUGUUCUUGCAGACUCGGAGAAGUUCCCUGAGCACUGGCUCUUCAAGCAUCGAUGGGGCAAGGGAAAGAAGAAUCAUCCGACCACGUUGCCCAAUGGAGACAAGAUCACUUUCAUCACUGUCGGCGGCAGAACAAGCGCCGUCGUACCAGCAGUCCAAAAGAAGACUGGUGCUGUGGCGAAAGAGAUUGACGAAGAUGACACUCCAGCAAGUUCAAAGCGAAAGCGGGCUGUCAAACAAGAGGACGGUUCUGAUAUCGAAGAAAAGCCAGAACCGAAAAGGGUUGAGUCAAAGAAGAAGAGAAAGUCUGCUGUCAAGGAGGAGGAAGAGGAGGAGGCGAAGAAAGAAGUGAAGCCAGCUGAUACUACUCUUGGCCGGCGUCGCUCUACAAGGGCAAGAAAAUAG